AUGAAGAAACUGUUUGAAAUAGUAACGACAUUUCUUUGUAUAAACUCUGUGACUCCUGUUCUCAUGUAUUAUAUAUAUGAUGAUAACCCCACUAUUGGGUUUGUCGGUUUGGACAACGUCGUUGGAGAGUUCGUGAAUGGUUACAGUUCUCCUAAAAAGCAGUUCACUCCGUCUUAUGGCACCCGUUUCCAGAAGUACACUAACGAGCGCGUUGUCGAUUCUCAUUUUAAACUCAUGAAAUCACCAUCCCGUUACGGUUUAUCUACUCUGAUGGACAGGAAUAACGUUCAAAGAAAAAAUAACCAAAGGAUGACUGCAUCGCCGCAAGCAUGGCAACAGAACAAUCUACAAAUGAUUACAUCUGCUAGGCAGCACCAGCUACAACAGCAAAAUCUGCAGCAACAACAACAGCAACAACAGCAACAUCCACUUCAUCAGCAACAGUUGCAACAACAGCAACAGCAAUCGCAUCAACAGCAGUUGCAGCAACAGCAACUGCAUCAACAACAGUUGCAACAACAGCAACAACAACUGCAUCAACAACAAUUGAAACAACAGCAAAAAGAGCAACCUAAACAACAGCAAAUCAUACCACAAACUAAUAAUUCUCCGAGAACAUUCCCUGGCAAGGCUCCCAAGAGUUACAGUGUGGAUGCUAAAAGAACAGAGACUCGGCAGCAUACAAAUGUAAAUAUAAAAGAAAACAAUAUUCAACCUCUACGUCCUAAAGCGGUUACCGCUGAAUAUAGUAGCCCCGUAAAGCAGCGGCCAAGAUCUCCAGAAACCGUCUACGAGCCCAAGUCCAACUUAGUUCAAAUGAACGUAAGAAAAACACAGAUACUGCAAGACCCUCAGAAACUAGUCCGAUUGAAUAACAAUAUUCAGCUGAAGGCUGCAUCAGUUUUAGGUUCACAAAACGAACGCCAAAGAAUCCCUACAUCCAUGAUCAUGGAUAAAACAUUACACAAGAGUAAUGGACUGAACGAUCGUAAUAUACAAGCGAUGCCUCAAGGUAUAAGCGAUAUUACUCAACAAGUCGCAGAAAGACGUCAUAGUAAGAGAGAGAAUAGAAUACUGGACCCCAAAAAAUCAUUGGACGAUUACGAGAAGGACAAACGCAGUUACAUAUCUGAUAACAUGAAGAAAUAUAUCGGCAACGAAAAAACUAACGUUAGAGAACGAAUAGAUAGAAAAAGUAAAAGUGUUGAAAUUGGAAAGAUUGCAAGUCACGAAGAAAGUUUAGAACACAAAGAAACACCGUACGCAUUGUUUUACAGAAUGAAUCCUGAAAGUGUGGAUCAGCAAGAGGCAAUUGUGUUGUUGAGAUCUAUGGAAAUGAAUGGUGGUCACGAUUUGAGCAGCAACGAGCGCCAUCACUCUGAUGACUUAAACUCUAGAAAAAAAUCUACUAGAAAAACUAAUUUCAACGGAAGACGACUACAAAAAAUGAAACUUUUGAACAACUUAGGAAGUCGGAAGUGA